CCCUCUGAGCCGAUGCACGUACUGUUUCGGCCAGGUUUGAGCGUGCCCUGAUGUCGGUUUGCGCUGGCAUGGCGCGGCACUGCUAUACGGUCCUGCUGGUUCUAGCGGCGAUUUCCUUGCCGGCGAAAAGCGAAAACGGUCUUUAUUCCCGGACGGACCAGGUCGCUAUCCUUGACUACAGCAACUUGAAUGGCAUCCUGUAUAACUCCAGCAAAGCCUGGGUGCUGGAGUUCUAUGCCUCUUGGUGCGGACACUGUAUAAGCUUCGCCCGAGUGUGGAAAUCGCUGGCGAUUGAUAUCAAAGAUUGGCAGCCCGCACUGAGCCUAGCUGUGGUCCACUGUGCAAACCCAGAGAAUAGAAGGCUGUGCCAGAGAUUUGGAGUGACGUCCUACCCUACGAUAAAGCUGUUCAAAGCAUUUUCAAAACCAUCUGUCAAAGGAGAGCUCUUUAAAGGUCCUGAGCGCAGUGUGUCAUUUCUGCGUCAUUACUUUAUUAAUCACCUGGAGGCACACAACGAGAAUGAGUGGCCCCCAGCAUGUCCUCCACUAGAACCAACCAGUAUGGCAGAGGUUCAGAGCUUCUUUGCUGUCAAUGAUGUUCGGUACCUAGCACUGAUCUUUGAAGAGGAAAACUCAUACAUCGGCCGAGAGGUGACCUUGGACAUGCUACAGUUCGAGAACGUUGCGGUGCGCAGAGUGCUGAGACGUGAAGAGAGCCUCGUGAAGUUGUUUGGUGUCCAAAGGUUCCCAUCCUGCUACCUGUACCUCAAUGAUACCAGCCGGAGAGCAGUUUCAGUAAAAAUGGAAACACGCAUUUUCUACACGUAUUACCUGCGUCGCUUGCCGGGAGUGACUCGAGGAGCUUAUAAACUGACAACAGAGAACUCUACCUACGGGAAUGUUGCAGAGGCAUGGAAAGAUUUCAACAGUUCCAAGCUAUAUAUGAGUGAUCUGGAGUCUGCCCUUUACUAUUCCCUCAAGAUGGAAGUGGUGAAACAUCAGGAACUCUCAGGAGAUACCCUCAAGGCACUGAAAGGCUUCAUCACUGUGCUGACAAAGUUCUUUCCUGGACGGCCGUUCAUUAUGAAGUUGCUUCAAAUGACUGACGCCUGGCUGAGAGAUGUUGGCAAGGGGCCAGUCUCCUCCAGAGCACUUAUGGAUGUGCUGAACAACAAGAACGGGAUACCUGGAGCCGUAAUGCCUGACAAGGAAAACUGGGUUGGUUGUCAGGGCAGUAGGCCAUACUUACGAGGAUACCCAUGUUCGGUAUGGACUCUGUUCCACCUCUUAACAAUGCAGGCUGCAAAACACAACAAUUCCAUGGUACUUGCAGGAAAAGGUGUCCAGCCUCACCCUCGGGAAGUUCUGUCUGCAUUGAGGCAGUAUGUCAAGCACUUCUUUGGAUGCAGAGAGUGUGCGGUCCAUUUUGAAUCUAUGGCAGCGGAAUCCAUGAACUAUGUCCAAACUUUCAACGGGGCUAUCUUGUGGCUGUGGUCUAGGCAUAAUCGUGUCAACAACAGGCUGGCAGGUGCACUAAGUGAGGAUCCAAAAUUCCCAAAGAUUCAAUGGCCACCUCCAGACAUGUGUGCGGACUGUCACAAUGACCACAAUGGGCACCAUGAGUGGAUUUUAGAUGCAGUGCUGAACUUCCUCAAUGUACAUUAUUCCCCGGAUAACAUAGACUACAGUUAUCUGGAAGAGGAGAAGGCACUCCUGAAGAAGCAGCAUAAGGUGGGAGAAGGUACUUGGCAGGGACAAGAGAGGAUUGUCCCAGAAGAAGAGGGGAAGAAAGACAUAGAGGAAGACAAGGGCAAGGUGGAAAAAGAAAAAAGCACAGAACCACCAGUGAUGAAUGAAGAACAUCAAGUCAACCAAAGGAGUGUAAGGAGAAUCAGAAGUCAAAAAAGGAGUUUUGUCAAGUGGAAAAGUACUGCUAGGAGGGAUGUAGAAGAUAUUGUCGACCUGGACUUGUUUGUGAAUGAACAAUACAAAAAACAAGCUUUGAAUGACAGUGCUGAAAAUGAGAGAGCCAGCAUUAUGAGCAAGAAAUACCGUGGACCCCAAUUGCACCUACAGUCCAUUGAUGAAUCUGGAGAGUCUAGGGAGAUGUUGCAAAAUUGGGUAGGCUGGGGUGGAGAUCAUGUCAUUGCCAAGAAAAAAUGGUUGAACUUCUCCCGCAUGGAUACUGGCCUGUGUAUUAUGUUGUAUUUCCUGUCCGCUUUGUCUCUAUUGUCAUUGUACCUCUAUUUUAAAAUGAUGUUUCGGUGUUGGAAAUUGAAAUAUUGGUUCACAUCAGCCUGUAUUGGCAUUAAAUAUGGCAGGGAAAGGAAGUGAUAAAACAAAGACUGGGUUUAUAGGCCUCAGGGAGUGCAAUGAUAUAUGUAUCCACUCACAUUAAUGUUCCAUUGACAUGGAAGCUCUUGAAUUAGAAACAAUUUAGAACAUUAAUAUCCUAGCUAAAGAAAAUAAUGUUUCCACGGGGUAACUUGUAAAUUAACAAUAAUGGACACAUUUGAUCACAAAAUAAUUUCAAAUCUAGAAUAUUAGAUUCUGACUUGCUCACUCAAGUAAGAUAAAACACCAGGAUUUCAAACCCUCCAUGAUAAAGCUCCAUUGUUUUUGCAAAGGACCUCUGAUUAAGAAAACAGUUUGGUAUGUCACAGCCUAUGAGGUAUGAUUCAGAAAUAGCACCUGACUCUGCAAAGGUAAAUAGGCACCUAUCCUGCAUAUAUCUCUAGGACCUGACUUUGAUGUUUUCAUGUCAAAGCACAUUGGAAAAGUCUUGUGGCAGUUGGUGGGAAAAUAGGGUAAGGAGACAGAAUCUCUGGGACUUCCUAAACCGGAGCAGGUAGAUUUGCACACUAUAGUCCAUUGGCAGUUGCAUUUUUCAAGUAAUUAUGCUGAAACAUUUCCAACCAACCAAUAAAAUCCCAACAUAGAAACAUCCUUUUCCCAAAAGUGCUGCACUCCGUGGAUAACCCCAUGCACAGUGUAUUCAGAAACACUGAAUUUGCACAGCACUAAUCUAGAGGUUACUUUCACAAGUUCCACCACGGUCUCAAUAUGGUGGCUUAACACUAACUACAAAUCGUUCCCCUUGAUUUUUCACAAGCUUCAAGUUGUCCAAACCUGUGCAGUGGUCCAAACUGACAUCUUUUUAGAAGAGAUUUUAAAACAAGGCUCUGUUUGUUCACUCAAGUGAUUGUUAAAAGUCACUUUGCAGUAUUCGAAGAAGAAUAAUGUAACCGUAUAACAAUUACAGCACAAAACAGGCCAUCUCAGCCCUUCUAGUCCAUGCCGAACGCUUACUCUCACCUAGUUCCACCAAAUAGGUGAGGGUCCCAGAAAUACAAGCCCCAGACAUUUAUUUUGCAUGCUGAUAACGGCCAUUGUUUAUUUCAUAGUCCUAAAUACUCCUCAGAUGACUGAUUGGCUUAUUGAGACAUUCAGGGAUAAUUGAGAACCAGUCACAUUACACAGGGUCUGGAGUCAUAUAUAGGCCUGUCCAUGGCAGGAGGCACAUUUCCUUCCCUGAAAGUCAUUAGCAAACCUGAGGUUUUUACAAGAGCCCAACAGUUUCACAACUAGAACAAAUUAAUAAUCAUCACAUUGUUAUUUGUGUAGAAAUUGGCUGCCAUGUUUCCUACAUUAGAACUUCACUCAGGAAGGAGAUGAUUGGUGAUAAAGUAAUUUGGAGACUGCAAAAGGUACCAUAUCAAAGAAAACCCUUUCUUUGGACAGAAGUAAUGAUGUGAUCAAAAGCAUUGAAUUUGCUCAUGAUAGUGUUUAUCUUGCAGCAGGAGAAGUUCUCAAUGCCUUCUGGCUUCCUUUGAAGGAGGCAGCCUUGUGGGAUAGAUUUCAGGAUAUCCCUGUUUGAAAGCAAGCCAACCUGCUCCAACAGGUAUUACAAAUGAAAGAAAACCAGCUACUUUCAUACUGACAAAGAGCAAAGGACUCUAAACAGAUCACCUCCAAAUAAUCUUUCACUAUUUGCUCCAUUGCUUCUUUUAGUGGUUUGAAAACAAUUGGUCACCUUCAGUUCCUGGUAUCGGUAAUCUGAAAAGGAAUUUCUCAAGAUUUUCUGCCCUGCCUGGGAAGUACACAUUUUUGAUUUCUGUACUGCUAACAUAAUCAUUAUUUAAUUAAAAGGAAAUCUUUGAGUUUCACCUUUA